UAUCAAUUGUAACCAGCCAGUUGAUGAUGCUUGUGAAUGUGAUUAAAACAAUGUAGGUGAGGAUCUGGAAUACUUGGCCUUGUCGGAGCCUUGUCAUAUUCAAAUAUAUCGUUUGUAAAAGCGUCUGGAACACAACACAUUUUGAGAUAAGACAUUUACCCAUAUCAUCCAGUUGGAGGACGGAUUCUUCAAUUACGAUUUCUAGAGCACUAACCAAGGAUGGCAAACCAAAGAGUUGUGGUCGUUGUUGUUACCAUAGUGGUGACGAUUGUCAUUGUAGUUAGUUUCAUCAUCGGAUUUGUCUCAGUUCAAAAUCCAACAACCAAAAGUGGAACGUUCCUUGAUGGCGUAUCAGAUAAAAUUAUCAAAGAUGGAGAUGAAGGGAUAACACAAAGGUUGAUCAAGGAGAUAAGCGCUAACAGCAUUAAAGGAUAUCUUAAAAACCUCACAUCAAAACCACAUCUUGCUGGGACGCCGGCGGAUCUGACGCAAGCGACGCAGAUCAAGGAAGAAUGGGAAAGCUACGGCCUAAGUCCGGUGGUACUCAACCCCUAUCGUGUCAUGCUAUCAUACCCGGACAGAGAAAGUCCAAAUCUUAUCCAGCUGAUCAACGACAAAGAUGAGAUCGUAUUCUCUUCACAGGCUAUUGAGAAGCCAUUGAGACCCGAGCAUAAUUAUUCUGACGUCGCGCCGCCUUUUAAUGCAUAUUCAGCUUCCGGAACACCACAAGGUGACCUGGUUUAUAUCAACUAUGGCCGACAAGAGGAUUUUGCUUGGAUUACGCAGACAAAGGGAUUUAAUCUUACUGGAAAAAUUUGCAUUGCACGUUAUGGUAAAAUAUACAGAGGGUCAAAGGCUUUGUUGGCUGAAAACUAUGGUUGCGCCGGUCUGAUCAUCUACAGCGACCCAGCUGACUACGCAAAAAAUGGAGAAGAUAACGUGUACCCGAAUUCUGAAUGGCUGCCCGGUACAGGGGUUCAGAGAGGAUCGUGCUCUAAAUGUAACUGUGGGGAUCCCACAACCCCAGGGUACCCUUCAAUAGAUGGUUGCUAUAGAGUACCAGAUGAUAAACUGGACGUGUUCAAAAUACCUAUACAACCAAUUGGCUACGACGAUGCCCUUGAAUUUCUUGGUAAAAUGGCAGGCGAAGAGGUACCAGAAGGCUGGAAGGGAACACUAAACAUAACAUAUAGAUUGGGUCCAGGUCUUUCCCAAGUGAACUGGAGCACACGCAUGAGGAUCUCAACAAGAAAUAAGAUGGCGACGACAUACAAUGUAAUAGGCUAUAUAUCUGGAGAAAUUGAACCAGAUAGGUAUGUUAUACUGGGUAACCAUAGAGAUGCAUGGGUCUUUGGCUCAGUGGAUCCAUCUAGUGGUAAAGCUUGUUUGAUGGAAGUCGCAAGAGUCUUUGGUAAACUAUAUAAAGAAGGAUGGAGGCCGAGGAGAACAAUUAUCUUUAUCAGUUGGGGCGCAGAGGAAUACGGUUUAGUUGGCUCCAGAGAGUUUGUUGAGCAAUUUGGCAAGAACUUGCAAGAUCGUGUUGUGGCAUACUUAAACAUGGAUUCUUCUGUACAAGGCCAGUAUGCCAUGUUCUCUCGAUCCGUGCCUCUCAUGUACAAAGUCCUCUACGAGACAACUAAGAAAAUUCCCAAUCCCAACCCCGAUGAAAUCAAAGCUGGUAGAAAAUCCGUGUAUGAUACUUGGGUAGAAAGGCGACCUAGAGUUGGGAGAAAUGGAAAAACUUUUCCACACAUUACAAGACCUGCCUCUGGAAGUGACUUUGCACCGUUCACAUAUAGUAUCGGGGUACCCAUUACUGGUAUGAGAUAUAUGAAACAGACAGGCGGUUAUGCUUUGUAUCACAGUGCCUAUGAAACCAUGCAUCUCAUGGAAACGUUCUUGGAUCCCGAAUUCAAGUACCACGAAGCAAUGGCAUGUGUUUGGGGUGAACUAGCACGGGCCUUAUCUGAUAGCUAUGUCUUACCGAUAGAGGUCUCUGAUUACGCCCAUGAAAUAUCCGUUUAUGUUCAACAACUGGAGGAUGCUUUUGGCGCAAAUUUUACAAGAAAAAAUAUAACGCUAGAUUAUAACUUUGAUGAGACAGUGACCAAAAUAAAUAAAAAUAAUCCAUUACAUGUACGACGGGUGAAUGAUCAAAUGGUGAAGAUGGAAAGACAUUUCAUAGACCCAAUGGGCCUUCCAAACAGACCACUGUAUAGACAUGUGAUAUUUUCCCCAAAUGAAUUCAACGCUUAUUCGUCGGGGUCGGGAUUCCCGGGCAUAUCUGAUGAGAUGUUUCAGAUUGAAUUGGAAGAAACGCCUGAGCGAUUGGAGGUUGUUAAGCGCCACCUAUCAGUGAUAUCCUUUCUCAUAAGCAGCGCAGCUUCAUCAUUAGAGGAUGUUAGUGACUUUGUCAAGUGACGAGAUCGCACUUUUCGUAACAUUCUCUGUGUUAUAAGUAAUUAAAGGACAAUACCGAACUGACAUUGAAAUGUCUGAGAUUAUAUAUCAGUGAGAUUACGAACAUUUAAAGGCCAUAAUAUAAACACGUCAUUUUGAACGAACAUUUUAUAAAAAGAUG